UUCCUCUGUUCUUCACACUGACCCCCUUCCUUGGCCUCUUACUACCCCCGCUUUCUCUGCAACUCUCAAGCUUUAUCUUUUUCCCCAGCCAUGGCGCUUACACGUGCCAUGUUCGUGAUAGCCAUGUCCUUGGCUCUCGUCUCAUUGUCCGUUGCCCAGGCUCCCUCACCUGCGCCGCGAGGAUCUGCUAAGCCGCCAACAACCACUGCAACGCCUUCUCCGAGCAGGUCAGGCCCUGCCACCGCCCCAUCCCGGCCUCCAGCCUCUUCUCCCACGGCUGCUCCGCCGUCUUCUUCCCCAACUCCUUCACCGUCACCGAGUCCCGGAAGCCCUGGCCCCUCAGCAAGCUCACCACCUGCACCCCCUCCUUCUACACCUCAGUCGUCACCGUCGCCCUCACCCUCACCCUCGUCACCACCUAGUCCACCAUCUCCCCCAAAAAACGCUCCUGGACCUUCGCCGAAGACGCCGCCAACGCCGUCGCCAACAGGUCAAGUGCCGCCAUCGAAUCCCAACAACACCGCCGUUCUUCAUGGAAGCAGUUUGGCCUUGACGGCCUUGUGCGGAGGAGCUGCUCUGUUUCUUGCUUAAAUUCAGUGUCUUUGCCUGAAAUACGUGUAGAUUCAUAUAUGCAUCUGGGUAGUUUUUUUGUUUUUUUUAACUCCUUUUGUUUUUGAGUCCCACCCCUGUUUCUGUUCUGUUCAGUUCUCUUAGAUUUUGUGGAUGAUUCUUGAGGUGAUCCUCUAGUGAUUUGUUCGGCAGGGUGAGAUUAUCUUAGUGAUAUAUAUCAUUUGUCACAUUGUACUGUUUUGCUGCUAAAAUAACAGAGAUUUGCUGAUUUCUUCUCUGGUUCUA